UCUCGAUUUUGUAUUAAGUUGUCAAUAAAAAUUCGCGUUGCGUUUGACGAAGUGAUCGCCAAGUGAAGAAAAUGUCAUUGUGGAGAAAAGUGGCUUUGAAAUCUUUGGACUUUAGAAAAAAAUUACUUUUGACUGUUCGAAUAUACAAUCAUGAAGCAAUUAGCCAGAAAGAACUUAUUUGGAAAAAAAUUGAAAAUCAAGAAAUCGUCAGAUUUGGUCUGACUUGUCAACCUUCUCAAGCUUUAAGAGAAAAGGAAAAAGGGGACUGGAACAAUCUCACAAUAGAUGAAAAAAUGUGUUUAUACCGGGACAGUUUCAGCAACACUUCUGCAGAAGUGGUGGAACCAACCCCCGAGUGGAAAUCGGUCAUGGCAUGGACCAUAUUUUUAUCAUCCUUAGGUAUUUGGCUAUAUAUAUUCAUCAGGCUGCUACUCGAAAGGGGAAAUUCACCGUCAAUGUUCGACAAACGGCGCAGGGUGGACAGUGUCGAUCAAUAUUAUCGAGCAAUAGAGGUAUUAAUGAAAAAAGAAGCUGUUCAAAAAGAAGCUAGAGAAUAAAUAUGACAAUUAAUACUUAUGUAAUUUUAUAAAAAUUAGCAAUUUUGCCAUAUAAAUUACCAUGAAAAAAGACAUGACCAUAAUGCUACUAUAUCAAGCACCUAAAAUGGUUAUAGGUUUAUUACUCCUAUUGAUUUUUUGAACACAUGAAAAUCUCUCUUUCAAGCCAGGGUGAUAUUUGCAUAUAUGAAUAAAACAUUUCUAACUUUUUUGAAAUUACUUGCAAUCCAACACCCUUAACUUUCAAGUGACAACAAAAUCAAUAGGAGUGAUAAAACCAACAUUUCUAGCGAUGUCAAUUUUCGGUUUAUGGUCAUUUCUUGAACAGAAUUAUUAUCAAUUGU